ACUACCACAGAGAUCAUAGCAGGCAACAUCACCGAGACUAUAAGGAUACCACUAAGUCUUCUGCACGAAGUAGAAUCAGCAGAUGUAAAAGAAAGCACAGGAGACACCAUGGUCACUCAAGUCAUUCAGACUCGGUAUGCACGAGUUUUGGGAUUUAAAACUUUAUAGCUGACAUUAAUGUACAAUAUAUGUAAUUAUUCACAUCUGCAUGCAUUUGACAUAGUAUUCUGUGAUUUACCCUGUGGAUUGUCCAGGAGGAAGAGGCUCACCUUUGUAUUACUAGGCCACUGCUUGAGGUGCAGUAAAACGUGGUGGGGGGGCUUUUAAAAACCAGCUAUUGCAGCUUUUGCUGUAAAAUUAUUUUAACUAAUUACAUUUUGGCAUUGCGAGUAGGCCUCAAGUUGUAGAAACUGGCUGAUUGUCAACCUCCUGAGCUAUCCUGGGCAUUAGUGGUCUCUCCUUGAAAUUUGGGUGUAGCUGAUUCUUGAGGUGAAAAUUAUGUGACUUGUACAUUUCUAAUUGAAAUUUUGAGGGUUUAGAGUAAAUUUGCUGGAAGUCGUCCCCCACCCCCCCAUAUAUAACUUUAAUGGGGUGUGUAGGCUCAUUUUGUUUUUACUUGUGUUGUAACUAUUUUCCCUUAAGAUUGUCAAAUUUCUUUGUCCAGCAUGAAUGUAUCCUGGUUUGGUUCUGUUGUAUGUUGCUAUGGCUUGGACAUCUGCAGCAUAGUUGGCAACUAUUAAUGCCUUUAACCUGCAAUAGUCUCUACAUUAAGUAGUUUGCUGUAUAGUGUUUGUGAGGAGUUAUUUUGCACUGAAAAUGCAGUUGACAUGGUAGUUUUGAGGGUGACUGGAAGGAACGGUGUACAAGGCUUCCAGCAUAGAGGGGUAUCUUAAAAGGCCUUGGUUUCUUAGGAGUGGUACGAGUUAUAUUUUUUCAGAUCACAUGCCUGAUAGCUAGAUCAGGAUUUGAGCUCCUUCUGACUCAGUGCUGUGGGAAAUAAGUGAAUGUUGUGCAAGGGCUGUACCUAACCUUUGGGCAAGUCAUGUUUCAUAAUCCAAUACUUUGCUUGUUGGCUAAAUUUUCAUGUCAUUCCUUGCAUCCUUUUGUGGGGGGUUUGUGCUCCAGCCGUUACCCUUUAGUUUAUCCCUGCAUUGCAGCUGUAGGGUAGGUGGUUGGGAGUAAAGCCUUGCUGUGCCUAUGGGAUGUGUAAGUGGGUGCCUGUUAGUAGGAUUUAGUGGUGAAAGCUUUUUCACCCUUGAUAGUGUGGUUGAAAUGGGGGGGGGGGGGGAUAUGUGAGUUCCAUGACCUGGUAAAAUAUGCUUACCAACUGAGUUUUGGCAGGCUUCAUAAAAAAUAGUUUGAAAGCUGCGAGUGUUUGGGGGGGGGUUAUGAGCUUGAAUAUCAGCAUUCAGUUGGUGUUUGCCUUGGAUGUUGGGUUUUUAUGCAGGGAGAGCAGUUGUGUAUAGAGUCCAUUAUUGGGGAAGCACAGAUUAUAGAGUAGCUGUCUUUGCCAUGCAAUUUUUAUGUAUGAAAUGUGUUUUUUUUUUUUACAUUUUUAGUGUUAAUGGAUGUAGAAUUGCAUCAAGUGUCUUAAUUUUAACAUUGCCUGAUUUUUCUGAAAAAAAUCUUACCGAAAAUUUGUUCCUUGCCAUGUUUUUCUUAAUCUGCCCUGUGAAUUUCUGGGGGAUGAAUUUGAAUUUGGUCCUGCCAACCUUCGUGGCCUGGCGUGUAUCUGAAUGCCUGAAUAUCGCCCUGCUGAAUGAAUGGCGUGUUCUGCCCUUGAAUUCACACUGGUUUUUUGAUUGCUGGAUGAUGUUGGUGCCGCCCUGUUACCGUUUCCAGAGGAACCACUACAAGAAAAGAGCCGGGAGUGUUGAUGAUGAUGAGGGUCACCUGGUCUAUCAGAGUGGAGACGUGCUAAAAGCAAGAUAUGAAAUCGUUUGCACUUUGGGAGAAGGCGCUUUUGGCAAGGUUGCAGAAUGCAUCGAUCAUGCUAAUGGAGGUGCACGAGUUGCAGUAAAAAUUAUAAAGAAUGUUGAUCGCUACAGAGAAGCUGCAUACUCUGAAGUAAAAGUCUUGGAACAUGUAAAUCGUAUGGAUCCUAGCAAUAAGUUGUGUGUACACAUGGUGGAGUGGUUUGACCAUCAUGGACAUGUCUGUAUAGUCUUUGAACUGCUGGGAUUGAGUACCUACGACUUCAUAAAAGAGAACAAUUUCAUGCCAUUAAAUUUGCACCAUAUUAAACACAUUGCGUAUCAGAUCUGCAGCGCAAUUGCACUCUUGCAUCGGAAUAAACUUACGCAUACAGAUUUAAAGCCUGAAAACAUUUUGUUUGUGAACUCUGACUAUACUGUGGAGUACAACCCCAAAGCAAAGCGUGAUGAAAGAACAUUAAAGGAUACAAGUGUGAAAGUAGUAGAUUUUGGGAGUGCUACAUAUGAUGAUGAGUAUCAUAGUAGCUUGGUUUCAACGAGACAUUAUAGAGCUCCUGAAGUAAUUCUUGCCAUUGGAUGGUCCCAGCCUUGUGAUGUAUGGAGUAUAGGUUGCAUACUUAUCGAGUACUAUCUGGGAUUGACUUUAUUUCAGACUCAUGAUAGUAAAGAACAUUUGGCCAUGAUGGAGCGAAUUCUUGGACCAUUACCAUCUGACAUGAUUUCAGAAUCAAGGAAACCCAAAUACUUUAAGCAUGGAAAAUUGAAUUGGGAUGAACACAGUUCUUCGGGUCGUUACGUUAGGAAACGCUGUAAACCGCUUAAACAUUAUAUGAUGAGUCAUGAUCCUGAGCAUAUGAAGUUUUUUGACCUCAUCCAAAAAAUGUUGGAAUACGACUCUUCAAACAGGAUUACCCUUGAGGAAGCACUGAAACAUCCUUUCUUCGAUUCGUUACAAAAGACAGAAAAGCUUCAUAGUGAACUUUAAAGAUUAUAGCAGAUUUGUUGGACUGUAUCAGUCGUAAAAUUAUUGUACGAUUUGUACAUCUGAUUUUGUACAGUGUACAUUUGAAGUAAUUUAUUUUCUAUAGUGUGUAUUUAAUAAAUAUUUUUGUAAGUC